AUGGAUCCUCCCAGCCCCAAGCCCUUUGAUGUCUUUGAAGAGGCUGCCACGGCGGUCUGUGAUGCGGACGACCCGAACGACGACAACAAUAAAAAGCCCAAAGGUGGCACCGUCUGGGUCCAAGUCUUGUUGGGGAGUCGCAAGAUCGGACAACCCUCGGAGUUUGCGACACCCCGCAAUGUCGACGCCUUGAAAAAGCUCGUCAAGCAGGAAUACGUCGAACUAGAAUCCAUUUCGGCACCGUGUUGUCAAGUUUAUCAUUCGUCCGUCACGGCGGGAGGAUGUGCCGUGCCACUGGCGGCCAAUUCGGAACUUCCACUCAUGGCCAUUUACGAUGAUCCCAUCAAAAUUGUGGCACCUGCGGAACAACCACCACCAAAAGCAGCAAAGUCAGCAUCCAUGCAGCAACUGGUUCCUGCUGCAGUGCCUACUGCUGCAACUGGGAAGCGUAAAGGCAAAGCAAACACUCUGAGCAUUGAGGAAUACAAGGCUGCCAUGGCGGCUUCGGCCAACGCUGCCCCAGGGGCUGGUGCCUCCAUUGCGGCGUAUGUUCCCGCCACACCACAGCGUUUGCGAAAAAAACAACGACAGGCAUCCACAUGUGGCGAAGAACACGACACCAUGGCAUUGAGGGUGGGGAAACGACGUCGUUGUGUCAUUUGUAUGCGCAAAACGGGGUACGAAUGCUCUCAUGAAGACUGUCAAACACGCAUCAAGAUUGCCGCCAAUAUUGGACAACUCUUUGGUGUCCCGCUCUGUUCGUCAGGAUCGGCUCCACGGGUCGAUACCAGCAAGUACGGGGCUUACAAUGACAAGACGUGUCUGGAAUUGCAUGCGGAACGAUACAAUGAAGAACACUUUACGGCAACUGCGGUGGUAGUGCAAGAAGAUGUCAAAGAGGAAGUCUGA